AUUUAAUCAAAUAUGGCUCAAAUAGAGGAAGAACAUAAGUUAAUAUAAUUAGAAAUCAAAUAUACUACAGAAAUUCACAAAAAUGUACCUAUUGAUCUUAAUGGAACUGUACUCAAAUUUUAAGAGACACUUCAAGAACUUCUCAAAGUUCCUAUUCAAAAAUAAAAGAUUAUGAUCAAAGGAUCUCUCUUGAAAUAAGACUAAGAUCUAUCUAAGUUGAAUCUUAAAAAUGUAUAUAGAAUUUAUAUCUUAGGGUUAAUAAAUUAUGGUUAUGGGUGCAAGAGAAGAGCAUCUUUUAAAUUUGAAAUAGGGUAAGAAAAUCUUUGAAGAAGAUCUCACUCCAGAAUAGAAGGCUAUCUUAUUGAAAUAGAAAGCAGGAGUAUGAUAUUAAAUACAAACAUAUUAGAUUGUUUUACCAAUAGGAUUAGUCAAUUAAGGAAAUACAUGUUAUAUGAAUGCCUCAAUUUAAAUUUUGAGAAGAGUUAAUGAGUUGAAUGAAUACGUAAAGAAUAAUGCAAAGUAAGGAUAAGGACCUAGUGUUAAGUUAUUUAAUGCAUUAAGUGAUGUCUUCUAAUAACUUGAACGUAAAGGUGAAUCAUUUAAACCAUUUAAUUUUCUUAGUGUAAUUAAUUUCUUAAAUAAGUCUAGAUUCUCUUUUAGUUGUAUCCAGGAUUCGCUUAAAGAGAAAACCACAUGUCAUUUAAAUAAUAGGAUGCUGAUGAAUGUUUUUAAAAUAUUCUUUAAACAAUUGAACCAUUAACUACAUAUGAGAAUGAAGAGGGAUAAUAAAAAAAUUUAGUUAAAGAAUUAUUUGAAAUUGAAUUGAAAUCAACAAUUGAGAAUUAAGAUCUUCCAGAUGAACCUAAAAAAGUGAGUAUUGAAAAAGGAAAGAAGUUAAUGUGUAUAAUUGAUAACCAAAGUAGACCAGUUAAUACUUUAAUAGAAGGUAUUACAGUGAGUUUGGAAGAAUAAUUAUAGAAAAUUUCUGAAAUAGAUUAACAAACUCAUAUCUAUAAAAAAACACAAAAAAUUUUUAAAUUAGUAAGAUAUAUUGUUUAUAUUAUUAAAGCCAAGUUAUUUAUUAUGUUAAAUGGUUAGAUUUUUUUGGAAAUAAGGAGUAUAAGGUAAGGAAGGAGUAAAGGCUAAAAUAUUGAGAAAUGUUGCAUUCCCAAAAACUUUAGAUUUAUUUGAUUUCUGUGCUCCUGAAUUAUAAGAAUAAUUAUUAGCAGGAAGAGAAUAUGAGAAAAAGAAACUUUUGGAGAUGGCUGCUAAAGAGACUGAUGAAUUAGAAUAAUUUAAGAAAGAUUUAGAAGCAUCUGGAAAGAUGAUACCUGAUGAUACAAGAGAAAUUUAUAAAUUAUUUAAGGCUAAAAAAUAAUAAGAAGAAAUAAAGAAUCAUGAUGAUUAGUUAUAUAGAAAACAUGGAUUAGGAUUAGUAACAGGAAAUUAUUAGUUAAUUGGAGUUUUAAGUAAUUAAUUAUUUAAUUGAUAGCUCAUACUGGAAGAGAGGCUGAUUCUGGACAUUAUAUGGCAUGGGUUCAUCAUUCAGGUGAUAAUUGGAUAUUGUAUGAUGAUGAAAAGACAUUUGAAAAGAAAAUAGAAUAAAUUAUGGAAUUGAGAGGUGGUGGAGAUUGGCAUAUGGGUUAUUAUCUAUUGUAUAGAAGAUUAGAAAUUGAGUGAUA